AUUUUUAUGUCAUCAAUCAUCUCAAUGUUGCUUUAAAUUUUGGCCGGCUACACCACUAGCUAAGGUUAAUUAACCCAACAAUGGAAAGGAGCAAAAUACAAGUGCUUUAUGAUGCUACUCAUGCCUUGUUUUCUCAGGAGGGGCUUCCAACUUUUCAACAAAUCCAUAAUCUGAAAAAAUUGCUAGAUAAGAUUGAAGCCAUAGACGUAGGAAUCGAUGAGUGGGGGUUGUGUGAUUCUCCGAUAUCAGACGCAAGCGAUGAUAGCAGCAAGGAAUUGCUUUGUGGACAAGGCUUCUCUGAGAUAACAUACAUUCACAUUCAUGAAUGUGACGAUUUCUCUAUGGGCGUGUUUUGUCUUCCAGCAGGAAAAGUAUUUCCCCUUCAUGAUCACCCGGAAAUGACAGUGUUGAGUAAGCUCUUAUAUGGCUCUGCCUAUGUCAAAGCUUAUGACUGGAUCGCAUUGGAUUCUACUGGGUGCCAAACAAUAGGAUUGGGUGGGAAGGUAGUGGAUGAAGUAAUGAAAGCACCACAUGAACCAUCCGUAUUAUUUCCAAGAAGUGGUGGCAAUAUUCAUUCUUUCACAGCGUUGACGCCAUGUGCAAUACUUGACGUGCUCUCUCCACCAUACUCUGAAGACUUUGGAAGGCCUUCCACUUACUAUUCAGAUAUCCCUAUCCCUUCUCUUAAUGGUUAUGCCAUACUUGAAGAGAAACCGAUGCCUACUGACCUAAUUGUUCAAGGAGCACCAUACCUUGGACCUUCCAUUGUAACCGUCCACGAUUACAAUAACUUCGCUCAAAUGGCUUUUCAUAACUAUGUAUAAAUUUUCUGUCUGUAUACAUUUUCUUAUAUGUAAAUAUAAAUAUAUUUAUAUUAGUCAAUCGUUUGAAAGGUUACGGUCACGGUGACACUUAAGUAUAUGACAAAACUUAGAUACUGUAGAUCGAUGUGGUUGA